CCUCUGCUGUGACUCAGCGUCUUGAAGCUCCUCUGCAAUGAUCUCCGCUCAUUGUCACUUGACCUGGAGCUCAAACUAAACACAGUUUUCUUGCCUGGAAUUUCAUUCUAUUUUCCCAUCAUGGAUCAGUUCCGUGAUUUAUUCGUCAAACUGGAUCAAAACCAGGAUGGAUUUAUAUCAGUGGCUGAGCUCCACAGUGAAAUGAACAAGCAUGGGAUCUUCUCAGCUGAAGGCAAAGUCCAGAAUAUCAUUGACUCUUACGACAAGGACAACAAUGGUCUUCUGGACUAUACAGAGUUCCUCCGCUACAUGAUGGACAGAGAGAAGAAAUGGAAGAUACACUUUGAAAAUAUGGACAAGAACAAAUGCGGGGGCAUUGACCAGGACGACGUCGUAAGUUUGUUUAAGGAGUUAGGAGUGGUCAUUUCAAAGACGAAUGCAAAAAAAAUUAUCCAAAUGAUGGACAAGGACAGCUCCAUGACGGUGGACUGGGAUGAGUUCCUGCAUCAUGUCAUCCUCAACCCUGUGGACAACAUCGGGGAGCUGGUGUCGUCAUGGAAACACAACCUGGUGUUUGACGUCGGUGAGAGUCGGGCGAUGCCCAUCGAGUUUCCUGAAGGGGAGUCUGGCUUGGGAGCGUGGAGGACCUUCGUUCUGUCUGCAGGUUUUGCUGAUGCGAUUUCCCGGACUGUGACGGCUCCUAUCGACCGGCUCAAGACCCAGUUUCAGGUCCAUGGAUCCAGGGCCCUCUCUCAGGGCUUACGGGAGAUGAAGUCCGGUGGCUUGCGCUCAAUGUGGCAGGGCAACGCUGUCAAUGUACUCAAGGGGACGCCACAGUCAACACUGCAGUGCCUCAUUUACGCCCAGAUGAAGGUCCACACGCAGAACAAGACCCAGCAGACGCUCACGGUGCAGCAACGCUUUGGCCUGGGUUGCGUGUCCGGUGCUGCUGCUCACGCUGUUUUCUACCCUUUAGAGGUGUUGAAGGUGAGACUUAACCUGCAGCAGGCCGGUACUUAUCGAGGGGUUUUGGCUUGUGCCAGAGCCAUCUACAGACACGAGUCUCUCAGCUCCUUCUACAGGGGAUUCAAACCGAGCAUCCUCUGCAUGAUCCCAUAUGCUGGUGUGGAGUGCGCCGUUCACCAGUCCAUCAUGAACUGGGCGAAAAGCAACCCUUCCUACAACAGCAACUCCCAGCUCUUCUUCUUCAGUUUUGUGGCGUUUGCCUCGGGACAAAUGACCAGCUACCCGCUGGCUGUGAUCCGAACCCAACAGCAGGCACAAGCUUUCUGCUCUGACUCACGUGCUUCCUCCGGUGUACUGCAAGGACUAAUGGGGAUCUAUGAAAAAUAUGGAUUUAAAGGAUAUUACAGCGGAAUGGGAGCCAGCUUUGUCAGGGCUAUUCCUUGUGCUUUAAUAAACUACACUUUAACUAGAACAUUUGAAGACAUGCUUUCCUCAAAUGAGUCAUGACAUUGGGGCAAUUCCUGGAAUAAGAAGCAAUA